CGCCGCGGUCGCCUUGGUAACAGAGACGCCGAGAUGGUGAAGCUCCGUGAGCAACAGCCAAGUCCACAGCAAUCUCACAUCGAGCAAGUCCCAGCCGCCCUUAUUGAAGAGGAGGAUGAGGAGGGGGCUGCAGGAGACCCACCAGUCCACACACCGACCACAGGCCCCAGUCUGAGCCAAAUGGGGAUUGAAACAGCAACACAGGAACCAGGGAUCAAUCCUGGCACUCCUGCAGGAGAGGAGAAACAUUCUGAAGCUGUGCAAGAGAAGGAAACGGUCAGUGAUGUGAAAGAAAUAAACUCUCCUCCUCCCAGCGAUGGAGCAAGCCCAGACAUUCAGGAACAGAAAGGAUUAACAACAGCUGAGCUGGAAAUGACUGCUCCUGAAGAAACAAAAGAAAUGGAGAAGACCACAUCACCUUUACCCACUAGUAUGACUUUUUCAGAAGGGGAAAAGGAAGAACCACUGACUAUAAUCGGUGAAGAUUUAGCACAUGAUGAUGGUCCUACAAAAGAGGAAUUUUCAAAUGGUCCACCAAUCUUAGAACUUGGAACACCAGAGAGACAAGCGACACCCAUCAUCAAUGAAGAAAAGAUUGACGAUGAGGUUGAAGAUGAACAAGCAACUUUUGAACGAAUGGAGAUGGAAUACAAAUAUCAAGCAUUAUUUGUGGAACGGCAGACAUUGAGGAACCAUAAUAACCAAAUACAGAAUAAGUUAGCAGAUUACUACCGCAAGAAGAUGACAGAGGAAUCAAAGGCCGAGUUAAAGAAAGCCCAUUCAGACUAUGAGCAACGAUAUGUGAAGUUCAUGGACUCUUUGGCUAAAUUGCAGGCCAUGUAUAGAGAGGAGGUUGAAUCCUACCAGGAACAGAUCGCUGAUCUCUCUGCUCAAUGUGAGGAGAAGCAGCAGCUGACAGAAUAUGCAUGGAGAAUGUUUAUGUCUAGGAAGAGAUCUGUGGCAAAGACCAUAAUAAACAAACGGCCGGGGAGACACGCAGCAUUACUGGAAUUGGAACGCAUUCAGAAUAUUGAGGAGCAGAAAGAGAAGGAGAUGAGGCAAAUUCGAUUCCUAACUAUCAAGAUGAAGAAUAAACUGAAGUAUUAUGAGUAUCAGCUGAAGGCGAAGGAGGAGCUGGCAGGUGGAUUAAACCUGAUUGACUACGAGCAGCUGAAAAUCGAGAACCAGUCUUAUGGGGAGAAAAUUGAGGAGCGCAAUGAGGAAGUCACAAAGAUGCGGAAGAAGAUUGCAGUUACCGUUGGGAUUAUGACCCAUAUCAAGGAGAAGCUGGAAUAUGUGGAAGCUGAGAAUGUCGAGAAGAAAAACCAGCUCAUGGACCUGGAGGCUGUCGUUGCCCAGAAACGGGAAAUUCUGACCAAAACCAAACAAGCACGGGACAGAGUCCGUGCAGCCAAUUUCAAACUGAAGGAGAAGUGUGGCCUCCUGUGUAACAAAGUGCUCCUUCGUGACUAUGAGGAUAAUGUAGACACCAGCGACAGACUGCAGCAAAAGCUGGAGGUGCUGAAACGGCAGCACGCUGAUCUGACACUCGACUCCUACGGUAUCAAGAAGAAAAUUGAAUGGGUGAAGAUGGGACAGUUACAGACUCAGUAACAGCCCCGAGAGGGGAGCUUUUCCGUUUUAUUCUGUUAUGAUAAAUAUUAAAU